AUGAUCAAAUGCAAGUUGAUGCUUGUUGUUGUUCUGGGAGUUCUAGUGCAAACUUCCUCCGCAAUGAAGCUUCUUGGGGAUCCAUUAUUACCCAAUAUACCUAACCUAAAUGAUGGAUUUGACCAAAUUAUUGGAGGCCUUGGAGGUAGUGGCGGCGGCGGCGGAGGUGGAGGAGGAGGAGGGCCUAGGAUCAUAGUCGAAGCUUACGUUAAAGGUACGGGGUGUUACAGAGGUGGGGAAGUAGGUAGUAAUGGUGGAUCUGGUGCUCGCUUUGGAUUUGGCGAGGGUCAUGGAUCAAGUGCAAAUAGUGGAUUUGACCAAAUUAUAGGAGGUAUCAUUGAUGGUGGUGGUGACGGCAGCGGUAGAGGUGGGGGAGGAGGCAGUAAUGGUAGAUCUAGUGCUGGCUUCGGAUUUGGCGAGGGUCAUGGAUCAAGUGCAAAUGGUGAAUCUGACCAAAUUAUAUCAGGUAUUGUUCGUGGCGGCGGUGGAGGUGAAGAAGGAGGUAGUGACGGUGGAUUUGGUUCUGACUUUAGAUAUGGUGAGGGUCACGGAUGGGGUGUGAAUGGUAGUGGCAGCAGUGGCGAUGGUGGAGGUGGCGGCGGUGGCGACAGUGGUCAAAAUAGUGGUAGUGAUUUUGGCGUCGGAGCUGGAUUUGGGCAGGGUGGUGGUGGAUUGUGA